CGUCUAUUAUUAGCGCCUUUGUUUUGGUGCAACGACAUCGAUUCGUCUUUAGAGAAGGCCGUACGAUAAUAUAUAUAAUACUCGGGAUGGUUUCGGCACGAGUCUUUUUCGCCGUCGUUUUUGCGUUCGCGUCGAACGAAUCUCGUGAAAUAUUCGGGCGAUCUUUGUUCUUCAAUCGUUUUCUUCCUCACUCGAACUAGUCUCAGGCAAUCUUAUUAUAAAAUUCAAUGACUGAUUUACUUUUAGCACUAGACAGGCAUAAGAGUUUCUUGAAAAGAGUGUCAUUGAACAUCUCUAAUAUUUAGGCAGUUUUGUGAAAAUUUAAAAAUGGUAGGAGCUGAGAGCCCUUGCAGCGACAUGAAGCGCGCAGCUGCAAAGAAGCUCAUCGAACGUUACUUUUACCAACUCACGGACGGAUGCGGAAAUCCCCAUUGUGACAAUCAGCAUUGUGCCUCCAGUGGCAAGGUAACUAAUCUUACGCCAAAUCAAGCAGCCGCUCAAGCGAUACAAUUGUUCUCGCAAGAAGCAAGACUGUGUGAUGGUACACAACCCAGUAAAGUCGCUCGAACUACUAUAGAGCCUGGACAAACGUCAUUAGCUAAGAGUCUACCUGUAAAAAGUGUUAAUUCUACAAGCUCCGAUGAAGGAAAACAAGCGCCAUAUCUUACAGAAGCUAAGCUUCUGGAUAUUAUAGAAAAAUGUAAAGCAAAAGAUUCAUACGCUUUAUUAAUUCGUACCUUGGGAGAGGUGUUCUCUUCUGGGAAGGCGUUAAGUCUCAGUUUUCAAAAAACUGAGAAGAGCAAUUCUCCGUUGACGGCACUUCUCGAACGAGCACCGGACACUCUGUUAAGGCCGCCCGCUGAUUUGAAUAAAGAAGCGGUACGAUCUCUACAGGGGGAGGAUAAGGAGGAGGAUAGUAGCGAUCCAUCACCUACAGUUCCUAAUAAUGACGACACUAGUGUUGAUUUACCAUCGGUCCGUCGAGCUUUUGAAGCACUUUGGUCUCUGCCAGGUGAGGUGUUCGAGUCAGCCCUGGUCAAUGCGCUAGUCUCUUUGGCGGACGAUAUAGAAUUAGACUUGAGAGUAUUUCGUAUGGUACGCUGGGACAGCAUGGAUAGUUUGUUAAAUGUAUUUCUCAUUGUUUUUGAAAUUCCGAUGCUCGGGAAUAGCGAAUACCUGGAAUUGGCACUCCACAUGCUGUGCAAAGCGUUGAGCUGCGUACCGGUAUUGGCCCAGGCCAAGCUGGCGCGCGUAUGGGCCAAGCAUUGCAAAUCGCGGCUGCCAAGUCUUCUGCAAGCGCUUCAAGAACUCAUAACUGUCAAGGUAAUCGGCGGACCUUGGACACGUGACUUUUGCGUCCAAGAUGCGGACACUAUCACCGCACCUACGAAAGUUAUGAAGAUUCUGUAUUACGCGAGUAUGUUGGCCGGUGAGUUAGACCCUCCUGAGCUAACUUUGAACGAUGAAGGUGAAUCGGCUAGUAGCGACAAGAGCACUUCACGAUCAGGCCAGAUCCCUCAGGAUCCACUAGCGACGGAAUUGGGAAUUACUGCGUUGGAUGCACGUAAACCUUUCAUACCGUUUACCGAUUUUUACAAUGAGCCACUUAGCGAUGCCAUAGAGAUGGACAAGGAUUUCGCUUAUUACAAGAGCGAAGAGCCAAUGAAAUUUAGCUUCAUGAAUUACGCUUUCAUUCUUACGCCGGCCACUAAAACUCUGGGCUUGUAUUACGAUAAUCGUAUCAGAAUGUAUAGCGAGCGACGUAUGAGCUUUUUGCAGACCGUCGUCGGGCAACCUACCAAUCCAUAUCUCAGAUUAAAGGUGCGAAGAGACCAUUUGAUAGACGACGCAUUGGUGGAAUUGGAAAUGGUGGCGAUGGAAAAUCCGUCUGAUUUAAAAAAGCAAUUGGUUGUCGAAUUCGAGGGAGAGCAAGGUGUCGACGAAGGCGGUGUAUCUAAGGAAUUCUUUCAGUUAGUCGUUGAGGAGAUAUUUAAUCCUGAUUUUGGCAUGUUCACCACUCAGGAAGACACGCAAAUGACAUGGUUCAAUCCGACAUCGUUUGAAAGUGACGCGCAAUUCACAUUAAUAGGAAUUGUUAUUGGCUUAGCAAUUUAUAACAAUGUAAUUCUGGAUGUACGCUUCCCAAUGGUGGUCUAUAGAAAAUUACUAGGCAGGAAAGGCGGUUUUCCGGAUUUGGAAGACUGGAGUCCAACCCUGUAUCGAACAAUGAAAGAAUUAAUGGAGUACACGGGAGACGACAUGCCGGAGACAUUUAUGCAAACUUUCCGAGUGGGUUACAGAGACGUGUUCGGAUCCUUAUCGUUCCACGAGCUCAAGGAGAACGGUGACGAGCUGUACGUCACGCAGGAAAACAAGAAGGAGUUUGCCGAUCUCUAUGCGGAUUUCUUGCUUAACAAAUCCGUGGAGAGACAAUUCAACGCUUUCAGACGUGGCUUCCAAAUGGUUACGGAUGAGAGUCCGCUCGCGUUACUCUUCAGACCCGAAGAGAUCGAGCAGCUGGUUUGCGGAAGCAAAAUAUUCGAUUUCGCCGAGUUGGAAGCGGCCACGGAGUACGAGGGCGGCUACACGGUGGACAGCGAAGCGGUGCGUAACUUUUGGCGCGUAGCGCACUCCCUACCACCGGAGAGUCAACGGAGGCUUCUUCAAUUCACCACAGGUAGCGAUCGUGUACCUGUCGGCGGUCUCUCGAGACUCAAGAUGGUCAUCGCCAGACACGGCCCUGAUUCUGACAGAUUGCCAAUAGCGCACACAUGCUUCAAUGUGUUAUUGUUGCCGGAUUACAGUACAAUAGAGAAAUUGCAAGAUCGCUUACUGAAAGCAAUCAAUUAUUCGAAGGGUUUCGGCAUGUUAUGAGCAUGCCCCAUCGGCUCCUCUUUCUUCCACCGUCUUUCGAAUGAUAUUCGAAGUACACGAUAAGACUCAAUUUACUUUUGUCAUUUUAUUCGUAGCUAUAUUAUUCGGAAGUAUUUAUCGUAAUAAUCCAAAACCGUGCCAGUGCGCUUAAAACAUGGAAACGUUGCUUAUACAAUAUGAAUUAUCAAAAAGCUCCUAACGUUCUAAAAAUUCCAACGAAUCAAAGAUCGAAUCCUUUGUACAAAAAAAAACACAGAUGUUCUUGAAAAAAAAAUGCUUUGAAACUUGCACCGCUGCAAGAGUCGCUUGUACCAUACUGUGUACUUUUUCUACUAAAAACAAAAAUAUAGAUAACGAAGACCGAUUUCGUUGGCCAUUCCGAAACGAUUGAGGGAAGAAGUGCAAGAGACAUUUCGAAACGCACGACUGCAGGUAAAAACCGACCGAACGGAACUGCAUUAUAGAAAUAAAAUAUGUAACUUUAGCGAAACAUAUAGUCGACAUAAACAGGAUGCGUUUCGGAAAUUCAAUGGUUGCAAUCAUUAUGUGAUUAUUUACUUUGUUUUACUUUGAGAUAUUAUUUUAUUUAUGAAUCAUUUCUUUAUUAUCAAACAAAGUCAAUUAAAUGAUAAUGAUUUAAAAUUUUUCUAUCGAAGAGAUUUAUUAGCAGUUAAGUUAUCACUUCUUAUUCAGUUUACAUAUUUACAAUAUAGACGAAAUUUUAAUCAAAGAAUAGAAUUUUAAUUGUAAAAUACUUAAUUGAACGUAUUUGUAAUAAUGUGAUUUAUGUAAUUAUGUAACUGUACAUUUAAUUAGUUGACCAGUAGUGAGUAUAAUUGGUAUUGGUAUAUAAAAAAAAUGUUCGUUUUUCUUUUAUUGAUUUACCUGGAUUUUAAUUUAAUAUACAAAUUACAAUUAAAAAGAUAAGAGAGAGGCUUUUGUUGUAUAAACUUGUCACUUUGUUUAGAUACACCGUUUAGCUUCCUAAACGCAUCUGAUGCUGCAAAGCCGAAAACAACCCUUACACGAAACACACUGAGCUAAUGUCACUCCGAGCAGACCUUUUUUGUAAAGUAAGGCGUGGGAUAGUGGCGCUUUUGUAUGUACUUUUCUUUCAAUUUCUAACAUUUUUCUCAUCAUAUGUCUCGCGUCACGAUGAUGAUCAAGUAGUUACGAAUAGAAAUUCAAUUUGUAUAAACGUUUAUAAUAGGCAGCUCUUUAACGGCUGCCAUUGUCAGUCGUUUUAUUGUUAUUCACGUGACAAUAAAGCUCUCAGAAAAAAAAUAA